UGCGCGCGCGAGAGAGCGAGUACGCGAGUGAGCGACCGACCGACCCACGGACGCAGGGCGGGUCGGGCGAGGCUGAAGGAAGGCGAGCGAGAGCGAGAGCGGAGCGAGAGGAAGGGGCGCCCCAGGAGCAGCCGCCAUGCACGUCGUCAAGCGAGAUGGCCGCCAUGAACGUGUCAUGUUUGACAAGAUCACGUCCCGGAUCCAGAAGCUAUGCUACGGUCUCAAUCUAGACUUCGUUGAUCCUGCUCAGAUCACUAUGAAAGUCAUCCAGGGACUUUACAGCGGAGUCACUACUGUUGAACUGGAUACUUUGGCUGCUGAGACAGCGGCGACCCUGACAACCAAGUACCCUGACUACGCCAUCCUGGCAGCGAGAAUAGCUGUCUCCAACCUGCACAAGGAAACCAAGAAAGUAUUCAGUGAUGUGAUGGAAGAUCUGUACAACUAUGUCAACCCCCACAAUGGCAAACAUUCUCCAAUGAUCGCUAAGGAAACCCUGGACAUCGUAUUGGCCAACAAAGAUCGACUGAACUCUGCUAUAAUUUAUGAUCGGGAUUUCUCCUAUAAUUACUUUGGCUUUAAGACUCUUGAGCGCUCGUAUCUGUUGAAAAUCAACUCAAAAGUGGCUGAGCGCCCCCAGCACAUGCUGAUGAGAGUAUCGGUGGGAAUCCACAAGAACGACAUUGAUGCUGCAAUUGAAACCUACAACCUCCUCUCUGAGAAGUGGUUCACCCACGCAUCCCCUACUCUCUUCAACGCUGGUACCAACCGCCCUCAGCUCUCCAGCUGCUUUCUGCUGUGCAUGAAGGACGACAGCAUUGAAGGGAUCUAUGACACGCUGAAGCACUGUGCGCUCAUCUCCAAGUCUGCCGGGGGAAUCGGGGUUGCAGUCAGCUGCAUUCGCGCCACCGGCAGCUACAUUGCUGGGACAAAUGGGAACUCAAACGGGCUUGUCCCAAUGCUGAGGGUUUACAACAACACAGCUCGCUAUGUGGACCAAGGUGGUAACAAGAGACCUGGAGCCUUUGCCAUCUACCUGGAGCCCUGGCAUUUUGACAUCUUUGAAUUCCUUGACUUGAAGAAGAACACUGGGAAGGAAGAGCAGCGCGCCCGCGACCUCUUCUACGCCCUCUGGAUCCCGGACCUCUUCAUGAAGCGCGUGGAGACCAACCAGGACUGGUCUUUGAUGUGUCCGAAUGAAUGCCCGGGCCUAGAUGCUGUCUGGGGAGAGGAAUUUGAGAAACUGUAUGAGAGCUAUGAGAAGCAGGGACACGUGCGCAAAGUGGUGAAGGCCCAGCAGCUGUGGUACGCCAUCAUAGAGUCCCAGACGGAGACGGGAACUCCUUACAUGCUCUAUAAGGAUUCCUGCAACAGGAAGAGCAACCAGCAGAACCUGGGGACCAUCAAGUGCAGCAACCUGUGCACAGAAAUUGUGGAGUACACCAGCGAGGACGAGGUGGCGGUUUGUAACUUGGCCUCCAUAGCCCUGAAUAUGUACGUCACUCCGGAGCACACGUACGACUUCAAGAAGCUGGCGGACGUUACCAGGGUCAUUGUCCGGAAUCUGAACAAGAUCAUCGACAUCAAUUACUAUCCUGUGCCAGAGGCGGAGCUCUCAAACAGGCGCCAUCGUCCCAUUGGCAUCGGCGUGCAGGGCCUGGCCGACGCUUUCAUCCUAAUGCGGUACCCGUUUGAGAGCCCAGAGGCCCAGCUGCUAAACCAACAGAUCUUUGAGACCAUCUACUACGGUGCCCUAGAAGCCAGCUGUGAGCUUGCCCAAGACCAAGGGCCGUACGAAACCUACGAGGGCUGCCCAGUCAGCAAAGGCGUCCUUCAGUAUGACAUGUGGAACGUGACUCCUACUGACCUUUGGGACUGGAAGGCUCUAAAGGAGAAGAUUGCAAAGCAUGGGGUUAGAAACAGCCUCCUCCUCGCGCCAAUGCCGACAGCAUCUACCGCUCAGAUCUUGGGUAACAAUGAGUCCAUUGAGCCGUACACCAGCAACAUCUACACGCGCAGAGUUCUCUCUGGAGAGUUCCAGAUAGUGAAUCCCCACUUGCUGAAAGACCUGACGGAGAGGGGCCUCUGGAAUGAGGAGAUGAAGAAUCAGAUCAUUGGCUUCAAUGGCUCUAUCCAGAAUAUCCCUGAGAUUCCAGAUGACUUGAAGCAGCUCUACAAGACGGUGUGGGAGAUCUCCCAGAAAACGAUUCUCAAGAUGGCAGCGGACCGAGGGGCUUUCAUCGACCAGAGCCAGUCCCUGAACAUCCACAUUGCGGAGCCCAACUAUGGGAAGCUGACCAGCAUGCACUUCUACGGAUGGAAGCAGGGCCUGAAGACUGGCAUGUACUACCUGAGGACAAAGCCGGCGGCGAAUCCUAUCCAGUUUACCCUGAACAAGGAGAAGCUGAAAGAGAAGAGCUCCAAGGAGGAGGAGGAGAAGGAGAGGAACAAGGCAGCCAUGGUGUGCUCCUUGGAGAACCGGGACGAGUGCCUCAUGUGUGGAUCCUAAGGAGCCGUGACGCCAGGUCGACAGCCGCCCUCUCUCCCCACCCUCCCCCGGCCACAGCUAGGUUAGAUAGGUCCAGUGUGCUGGGGGAUGGAGAGAGGGUCCGGUUCUCUGCUUACGAGCGAGGUCAAGAAUGCGCAGGUCACUGGGCGGUGGUGUGCUUGCAUUCCUUGU